CGAAAAAGUUCAAACAAAAAAGGGUUUCACCAAACUUUCACGAUCACCAGAGCAUAUAGCCUAGAUUAUAUGGGUAAAAGGAAAUCGAAUAAAAACACGCGUCUCAGAAGUUGUUUUUUUUCAUAUGCUAUUGGUAUUAUUCUCUUUUUGACUGCGGUAAAAGCUGUUACGCACGUUUUUCUUUUCUUGUCUAUAUUUCUUUUUUUCAACGAAGACAAAACACGUGAAUGGUUUUUCCGUUAUAAAUCAUGUCUGUUCUCGUCUUCAAUUCAGCGUCCACUUUUCUUAUCUUUUCAGAAUUUUAUCGUACGGUUGAUUACUUUCAGACUAUAAUACCAUUAACAGCUUUGGAAUGGAAAAUACUCGGUAAUCGUCAUUAUUCGAAUCAUGAGUCAUCGGCAGCUAUUCAAUCGUACAGUGAAGCAAUUAAACUCGUUCAAACCAUUCAGCAACAAGAUGUCGACAACGUUCAGUUGUAUCUAUUAUAUUCAAAUCGUUCGCUUGCUUAUAUUCAAGUGGCAUGCAUGGAAAAAUGGCGAAAAUCAGUUGUGACAGCAAAAAAAUGUAUAAACAGUCUUGAAUAUAAUAUUAAACAUCGAGUCUUAAUGACCGAAAUACCGUCUAUUCUGUACCAAAUUCGUUAUUUGUUACGUGCACAUUUUGAAAAUAAAAAAGAUAAAAAAUUGAUGAACAUGAACACGGGUGAUCUUGGUUUGAGGUUACACGAACUGGCCGUUGAAUUCACCGCUGUAUUUCACGUUUAA